CAGCAGCUGUUCGGACCGUAGUCUGAGUUAACGAACGGCGAAAAGUUAGUUUAUUUUUGAAAAUAAGUAUUUAGUUUUAUUUGUCCAUUUAGUAGCCUGUUAUUCUGUUACGACGUCGUGGAAAUUUAAAGUUUAGGCUCUAAGCAGUCUUCCUCCAGAGUUGGCAGCCCCUACGAGAUACGGUGAAUCGAGAAUGGUGAAAAAGGCUCGACUGGUUUAAGCAACUAAAGGACAAACGCCUAUUUAAGUAAUAUUCUUAUUGGAUUCCUAAAUUAUUUGUAUCAAAAUGUUGAGGGUGUUGCAAAUAGGUUCACGUGUCGUAUUACGUCAACAACUUUCUCUCAAAGCAGACUUGAUUACUGUUGCAAAAUUCGCAACGGCCUUGAAAGGGCAGGAUGUGCAGACGUUGUCGUUUACAAUGGAUGAAGUGCGUGCUGAAAUCAGACAACGCUUGGGGCUGCAAAGGGGGUACCAUCCCAUACCCAGGAGCCGUGAACAUCUGCUAAAAUACACACCCAAAGCGGAAGAUUUACCGCCACGUUCAAUGCAGGACUCCUACACCACAGCUGUGCUUCCGCUUAGUACAGAUUUGAAGCUUCAAGAUAAUUAUGUCUCGCAUUUAGGAAACGUACGUAUGGGCCGUUUAAUGGAAGAUUUAGACUCGUUUGCAGUAUGGGUUGUGCAUCAGCAUAUUAAAGUGCCCACUUUACCUGCCAAUGUUAACUUGCCAUACACCUUCGUCACGAUAUUAGUAGAUAAAGUGAGUUUUAGCGAUUUGGUAACUAAUGUCAAGGAAGAUAUACGUUUUUCUGGCCAUAUGUCGUGGGUUGGUCGGAGUUCAAUGGAGAUCGUUGUCUGGCUAGAGCAAAAGCAUCAUGGCGAAUAUAAGAAAAUAACUCGUGCGCUCUUUCUUAUGGGUGCCCGUAAUGCCACCAAUACCGGUCCAGCUCCGGUAAAUCCUAUUGAACCAGCUACGGAUGAAGAGAGGAAAAUACUUUCCGGUGGUGAAGAGCGGAAAAAGCGACGCCAAAUAAUACAAGCACAAUCAAUUUUUAGAGUGGAACCUAAUGAUUUUGAGCAAACUUUGAUGUACGAUAUUUACAAGCGUACCACGGAUACCAAUACAAUGGAAUUGAACAAACGUUUGUUGCCGGCUAAUGCGCGUUGGAUGUCCGAGUGGAGUACAGUAACAACAAUACCAUCUUUUCCGGAAAACCGUAACGCACAUAAUAAAGUCUUUGGUGGAUUUUUGAUGCGUUUGGCUUUGGAAAAUAGUUGGACAGCUGCAUUCCUGUACUGCUGUGGGCGCCCUAAAUUGUUGCAUAUUUGCGACAUAAGCUUUGAAAAGCCCGUCCCAGUUUCAUCAUUCAUAAAGCUAACCUCUUACGUUGUAUAUACGGAAUUGAACUAUCUACAAAUAAUGACGGUUGUCGAUGUGUUGGAUGCAAGUGGUGGUGGCACAGGUCAAGUUACUACAAACGCUUUUUAUAGUACUUAUAAAUCAAAUGAGCCUGUACAUCAGAUACUGCCACGAUCCUACCACGAGACUAUGUGGUAUAUUCAAGGAAGGCGCAAGUUUAAAUAUGCAAUGGGGUUGGAAUAAAUGGAUUUUAAAUGGUAUACGUAAAUGCAAUCGAAUAUGCUAAAGGAUGCUUAAAAUAUUUACAUAAUGCUUAAUUUUAACUAUAGCGAUUUUUAUAAGUUAAUUGUGAUUUUCGGCCAGUGACUAAUAGCUUAAGUAAAAACUGUUAUACACACAUAUAUAAUUAUUUGAACUUUCGGGAUUAUGUUAUAUGUACUUAUUUUACAUGUGAUAUUUUUUUACGUAUGCAUGUAGUAAUUUUAACCAUUUAUUUGUUAGCUCUUGAAUUUUAUGUAAACGA